AUGGACUACGACGACCCGGCGGUUGCGAGCCAGAUAUUCCACACGCGCACGCACCUCGGCGGGAUCCUGCAGCCGGGCGACGCCGCGCUGGGCUACCACCUCACGCACGCCAACUUCAACUCGGACGACUUCGCCGCGCUCCCGGCGCACCGCGUCCCCGACAUCAUCCUCGUGAAGAAGACGUACCCGAAUCGGCGCAAGAAGAACCGCGCGCGCAGCUGGAAGCUGCGCAGCAUGGCGAAGGAGGCAGGCGAGGAGGGCGACACCGGUGGUGGGCGCGGCGUCGUUGGCCGCAUGGGCGGGCGCGAUCAGAAGAAGGUCGAGGAGGAUUACGAGUUGUUCCUCAGAGAUCUGGAGGAGGACCACGAGAUGCGCGGUGCGGUGAAUCUGUACAGGGCCAAGUCGGAUAAGCCGGGCGCGGGUUCAGGGCUUGCGGGCGGGAAGACGAGGAGGAAAACCCAGUUCGCGAUGGAUGUGGACGAAGGUGUUGCACACGCGGAGACUGCGGAGGAGCAGGCAGCUGAGACAGAUAUCGAGGACGAGCCAGACUUCCCCGAGGUGAAGCUGGACGAACUGCUGGAGGAUUUCGACGAGAUGACGCUAGACGAUGCAUAA